GGCAAAGAAAUUUAGCUUGAAAUUUCAAAAUGAGCCAUAAAUACCUCUCCCGUGAAAAGUUCUUACUCAUCAUUUUCCUCCUUCACUCUUGAUUCUGAUAAUCUGAUUUUGGUCUCGAGGAUUCAUAUAGAAUUAAAUAUUCCGGUGUUGUCGAAGUGACUGUUUAUCCUCAUACUCUAGAGCGCCUGGGUAUAACUUCUGCCGGCACCAUCUGUCUCUCUCUCUCUCUCUCUCUCUCUCUCUCUCUCUAUAUAUUACAUCCAUAUAUAUGACAUCGGCACAUACGUGAACAGGAUAUAGCUCAGCCACCGUCACGUGCUUUGUUUCUCGGAAGUUCGCGGUCUCUCGAUUGGCACCGUACUGUCUGUCCAGCAUCCAGUCCAGUUCCAGUCAGUCACAGUCCAGCCAGUCCAGUCCUACUCCGUCCAAGCAACCAACCUCCAUCCAGAUCCAGCCCGCCCGGAAUACGGUAAAAUCCUAUAAUCAGUCGGCCAGAGGGAAUAAUAAUCCGGCCGUUUACAUUUUACCUUCCACAUUCCGUAUUCACCUCGUCCUUUUCGGUGGUACCAUUGUACGAAGGGCUACGGUGCCGAUUUCCUCCAGACUAGACGGCGCACCACCACAUUACACACCUGCCUGCCUUCCUUCCUACAUACAUAUCUACCUCUGAUCCAUCCUUACCCCAGUCACCCUCAAAGGUCACGUCAACAAUUCUGAUAAAUCUAUUUGUCAAGCAAAUCAAAACCCAAGAACGCUCGGAAACUAUCAACGCCCCCUCAAAGAACUAAGAGUCCCAAGAAGCAACUCCCACUGCCUCCUACGCUGCCUAUCGAGGUACGAUUUGGAUAAUAACUUUCCAACAUGCAAUCAAUCGCGCCCGCGCCGGUUGCACAAAUGCAGAACCAGGAAAUGAGUGCAGAUAAUGAUUUAAGAGCUCAGCUCUUGAACUUGACCUCGCAGUCUCAGCAUCAUAAUACUCAGACACAUGGCUAUAACCACGAAGUGCAAGCUUCGAGUAGUGCUUCACCUCACGACCAUAAUAUAGAUCCUGCUAUCGGCGGACAAAUGAUGUCGGAAAGUGGAGGAGACGACGCAGAUGGUAGAAAAGGUGGAAAACGCGAGCUUUCUCAAUCGAAGCGUGCAGCUCAGAAUCGCGCAGCUCAGAGAGCAUUUCGUCAGCGCAAAGAAGGAUAUAUUAAGAAGCUUGAAGAGCAAGUCCGUGAUUUCCAUGCAUUGGAGGAUAACUACAAGGCCAUUCAUGCCGAGAAUUACUCUUUGCGCGAGUACAUUAUCCGACUUCAAUCUCGACUUAUUGAAUCCCAAGGCGAAUUUCCACAACCACCACCACACAUUAACUUAAGCCACCCAUCGCAGCACCCUCAUCCUCCACCACCUCAACAAAGACAAAUGGAGCCAUUAGAUCAUAUGCAACGACAUGAAGCUCCCAUUGCCCCCAUGGCCCCUAUGGGUGCUCUCCAACCUUCUGCCGCAAGAACUCUGGCAGCAGCCAGUCUCAAACACCCUAGUGAAGAGCAGCAAGUUCACCAGCCACAACAACAACAGCAGCAGCAGCAGCAGCAGCAGCAGCAACCAUAUCCACCCCACCCAGAAAAUAAACGAUUCAAGGAUGACGAUUCUAAUGACGAGAAUCUCAUACGCUCACAACUGGCCGGUGGACAAAUAACCAAUGACGGCCUACCAACUUCUAUGUCCAUGUAAUAUCUCAGACACAGGAUCUAACUUGUUCUUCUUCUGCUUUUUAGGCGUUGAUAAAGACGGAGGCUAUUUGGGAUGGUUUACUGAUAGGGCACAUGGGUGGAGUUUCUACUUUUAUAUAAAAGUGGUACCCCACUCUCAUAGGGGUGUUUCAAUCAAGCAAUUACUGAUUUUGCUUUUACCGUUUCUUACAAAGGCGUUCAUCUUUCUCUUACUUUUCUCUCUGUCUCCUUCUUCGCUUCUUUCACAUGUGUUUAUUCAUUGUGGUUUCUACAUCUUGGUGUCUUUUCUCAUCCGUAAGUGGAGUGGGAACAUGGUAUGGAAACUUCGGGGUUGUGUCGCGAGAAUGUCGAUAUACAUAUGCGUGCAGAAAGACUCGAGGAAUAACAGUCAGCACAGUGGUUUUUUGGUGGAUGCGUGGAUAGGUGGAAAGACAGAUAUUGAAUGGAUGGAUGGAUGGAUGGACAAGAUGCGCAUAUGCAGAUAUUAGCUAGCUUGCGUGCUCAUUAAGCAGCAAAGGUACCGAAAAUUCAAGAUUUUUCAAAUAUAUUCAAUGGUGUUCUGAAGGUAGUGUGAUGGUUCUCCCUCCGUCCCAAUAACGUGCA